GACGUGCUUAAUAACCGAUGAAACUUCCUGCUAACUCACAGCAGGUACAAGAGCAGCUCAGAAGAAGCUGUAUGAGCCAGAGCACAAACAACAUCUGCACCAAUAACAUUAUCAACAGAAGAAACCAGUACAGAAACCACAUCAGUCACACCAGAAACUACAACAACACCUGUACCAACAACAACAACAUUGGCAGAAACCACUACAUUGGCAACUACAUCAGUCACGCCAGAAAUUACAACAACACCUGAAACAACAACAGCAGCAGCAG